AUGAAAGAUAAGGAAAUCAAAAAUCUUAUGAUAGUCAAUAGUUUUCAAUAACCUGAUAAAGCUCUGCCAAGCAUUAAUAUAAAUAAUCCUAAAACUAGGGAACAAGUUCAGAAUCUAUUAGGCAUGAUUAGUGAGAGAUAGAGAUUGCAACAACAGCAAAAGAUAGGUAUUAAUUUGAUAGUCAAUGCUUAACAAAUAAAUGGGGGAAGGUCAAGGAAAGUAUUAGCACCAAGUUUAAAUAAUUAAUUAACUCUUGAUAAUACCACAAUAAACGAUAACUAAUCAGUGGAAUCAAAUUCAGCGAGUUCUAAUAAUAUGGAUAGAAUGAUGAAGAUUUACAAUAGAUACAUAAGUCCAGAUAAGAAAGCUAAAUCAUCUUUUCAAACUCAAAACAAUUCUGUGAUUUAGGCAUCCUUCCUUGACAUUACAACUGCUCCUGAUAACAAAAGAAUGAUAGAAUUCCUUAAAAAGGAUGUUGGUCCAAUAAAUGCAUUGAAGGUUAAGAAAUCAAGAAAUUUCAACAAUUAAAUAAGCUUCAAGACUCAAUAGCAAGUUUAAUCACUUUAAGAUAGGCAUCGAUCUCUGGGAUAACACUUUGCUCCUUUAGAAAAAGACACAAAUAUGAACCAAAUUUUGAGAAAGUACUUUACAAAUGAAAAUAAUCCGAUAAAACAUUCAAAUUUCAUUUACUUUGAUAAUAGUACUUCAACUAACCACAAGAGCGAAUACUAACUGCCAAAGACUUAAUUUAAGCAGUAUAUCAGCUCUAAAAAUCAACUACGAAAUGAAUUGGAUUCCUAGAUGUCAACUGUAUCAAAUAACACUCUCUAGAUUGAUAUUAAUGAAACUUAAAAUAGAGUAAUUAAUAAACUUGAAUAAAGAAAUUUGAAUGUUAUGAUGAAACUUGUGCCUAAAAUCAACAAUAGCAGAUCUAAUAAUGAUACCUAGCAGAUUAAUAGGUCUAUUUAAAAAAAUCAAUUCGGGAACUCAUCCAAGUAGCUGUAAUGA